AUGCUUCUUGCUAAGGUCGCUGAGGAUCCACAAUCCGCUAGCUGUCCAAACAUUUCAUAUGCCGAUGUGCCUGGCCCAGUGGCUAGCGCUUAUCCAACUGGAUCUCCCUACGCCAUUGUACCUCCUCCAAAUGCACAACACUCAGCACCAGGAGGCGCACCAGGUGUUGGUCUUGGCCAGACAGGCAUUAAUGCCGGUGUUGCUCAGCUAGGCUUCCCUCCGGGUCCCGCUGCUUCUACUCUUGGAGGCGUCAGCUUUGCUAGCGUUGGCUUAGGUCCACCUCAUCCCGGCGAUCUCUAUGCUUCGCUGGGUGCGCAAACCCAGGGUGUUGGCGGUGCCAAUACUUCUGGAGUAGGGCCAGGUCACAACCCGCUUUCCGGAUUUUCUGGGGGGCCAGUUAGUGGUUGUCUGGGUGGUGCAAAUGCCCCCGGGUCUAGUGGUGCGAACGCUUUGGCCGUGGCGGUCAGCGCCGCCAUGAACGCAGCAGUCGCUGUCAGCAGGGCUGCACCUCUGUCUAAUAAUUCCUCAUCAGCGAUAGCAUCUCAGAAUGCUGGAUCCGGGCCACAAGGCGCCCUUCAAACAGCAGCAGCGGCAGCUGCUGCAGCCGCUUCUAGAGCAUUUACUGUUAGUGGAGUUAAUAGUGGUAUAUCUCAUUGCCGAACUAGCCAUGGCUUACAUCCUAUAUCCCAGUCACAUCAUCCUCACUCGCAUUCUCACAAUCAGCAUCAGCAGCAGUCAGCUUUUGGUCUUUUGGGCGCUGCUACAAGCGGAGGCGGCAGUCCUUUGGGUGGCUUAAAUGAUUAUACGGGGACUGGUCUGGGAAACCAAGCCUGUUCACCUACAGCAUCUUCAGCAACCUCUUCGUCGGCCGCGACUAAUCUAAGUCUGGACGUGAUGCGCAAAGUUCUUCGUGCUGCUCAAUAUAGGUUUGCAAUACAAUCAUAUUAUAGCCUAGCUUGUCAUUUCUUUAAAAAGACAGGUUUUCUUAAUCUUCUUACAGUCACACUGAUAUUCUAA